AUGAUGGACAGCAGGAUACUGGAUGCCCCUCACGCCCAGUUCGGAGGCUCCCUCGGCGGGAUGGUGGGCUUCCCGUACCAUCUGAGCCACCAUCACGUUUACGAAUUAGCCGGGCAUCAACUCCAAUCUGCGUCCGCGGUCCCCUUCUCGAUAGACGGAUUACUCAAUGGCUCCUGCACGGCGUCGGUGGGCAGUUCCAACCCCCUCUUGUCUUCGGGCUGCGGGAUGAAUGGAGAUAACCAGCAGUACAAACUGACAGACUCGUUGGACCCAGACAAAGAUAGCCCCGGCUGCAAGAGAAGAAGAACUCGCACAAAUUUCACUGGUUGGCAGCUGGAGGAAUUAGAAAAGGCUUUUAACGAGAGCCACUAUCCCGACGUGUUCAUGAGGGAGGCGCUGGCUCUGCGGUUGGACUUGAUAGAAUCAAGGGUUCAGGUGUGGUUCCAGAACCGCAGGGCCAAGUGGAGGAAAAAGGAGAACACAAAGAAGGGUCCGGGCCGACCUGCUCACAACGCCCACCCCACCACCUGCAGCGGGGAGCCCAUGGACCCGGAGGAGAUCGCCCGGCGCGAACUGGACCGGAUGGAGAAGAAGAAGCGCAAGCACGAACGCCGGCUGCUCAAGUCCCAGAACAAGCUCAGUUCCGGGGAUCUGUUCCACACCCCGGGCUCGGACAGCGACAGCGGGGUGUCGCAUGUGACCGACAGCGACCACACCACGGGCCCGCCUUACGAGUCCGUGGGGGGGAGCCAGUCGCCUCACCACCUCCAGACGCAGAACCAGAACCAAAGACUUAUGGACCGGGACGCUGGCGGAUCCGAGCUGGACUCGCCCGACGCCAGCCACCGGACCAGCCUGCUGUGCUCCGGCGGCGGCAGAGCCUCCGGGCUGCAGAAGCUCAACCCCUUCAGCGUGGAGAGCCUCCUGUCGGACUCCAGACCCAGACGCCACCCCGCGGCCUUACCCCCCUCCCGGCCUUUGAUAGGGAAAGGACACUUCCUUCUCUAUCCCAUCACGCAGCCGCUUGGAUUCAUCGUUCCCCAAACUGCUCUGAAGACAACAACGACAACAUCAACAACAUCAGCAUCACCAUCGUCAUCAUCAUCGGCUGCGAGCUGUGGCGGUGACUCUGCGGGAUGUAGGAGCAGCUCGCCGGACUGCGGGGACGCCGCGCACCGGGGGCAGGUGGGGUCAGAGGUCAAGCCCGGUUCACCGCAAACCAGCCCGCCCAGGGCCGCGUUCCCCCCCGGCAAACACACCCACUCCUCCACCUCGGUCAUUUGCAGCGACUCGACUUUCCAACACGAACACAUCAGCAGCCCACAGCCGCUCAGUGCGAAGCCUGUGGACGCGGACAGAAAAGAGCAUUUAGAGAUCCAGGACCGGCCCGAGUGCGUCCUCAGUGACAGUCCGGCAGAAACAAAGACAGACUCAAAAGAAGAUGUCGACAUGGAAUAA